CGAGCCGCCGCGGGAGGCGGGGCGGCGGGGAGGGGAGACGGCGCGCGCGCUCGCGUCCGCCGCUGCAGCGGGGCGGCAGCGCAGCAGAGGCCAGAGAGCAGCAGAAGCUGGCCGACCGUCAGCGCGCGUCAUCCAUGCCACGCAGCGAGUGCUCGCGACCGUCCGCUGCCGCAGCCUGAGUACAGAGAGCCGCGUCCGAGCUUUCCCGCAGCAUCCGGCUCGGGAGCAUAAGCGCGAGUGCGAGUGCGUCGAGGCGAGUCGCGGAGUAGGCUGCCAGCAGCAGGGACGCGGACGAGGAUGACGGACGUGCAGCAGAAGCUGGGGGAGGCCGCCGCGAGGCUGGCCAGCUCGCAUCACUCGCCGCAAACAGAUGCCGAAAACGACAGCGGGCUCGACGGGUCGAGGCGGCGCAGGGCGAACGAGGCCAACGGGCUGCAGGCGGGAUCGCCGACAAAGUCGCCCAGCAAGUCCGUGAGGUCCCUGCCGAGGACACCCGACCCGGGCAGUCCGUCGGCGGCCCAGACGGCCUCGGCGGAGAGGAAAAAGGUGCCCAUGAACAAGGUCCAGGUGGGCGCGGCGCCCUCGCCGAACCUCAAGGCGGUCCGAUCGAAAAUCGGUUCGCUCGACAACACGACCUACAAGCCGGGCGGCGGCAAGGUCAAGAUAGAGAACAGGAAGCUCGACUUCAGCAAGGCCCAGCCGAAGAUCGCGGCCAAGAAUGAAAAGUACACGCCCAGCGGCGGCGAUAAGAAGAUCCAGCAGGUGAAGCUCCAGUGGAACGCCAAGCCGAAGAUCGGCUCGCUGGAGAACGCCGCGUACAAGCCCGGCGGCGGGGACAAGAAAAUCGAGACGGUCAAGCUCGACUUCAAGGACAAGGCCAAGCCCAAGGUCGGCUCGAAGGAGAACGCCAAGCACGUGCCCGGCGGGGGAGCCGUCAAGUCGACAGCAACGCCUCCGAGAACGGCCCAGGACAACGCGGACAGCAUCGAAACGCAAAAGAUCGACAUCAAGGCGGAGAGCAAAGUUGGCUCGUUGGACAACGUGAAGCACAAGCCCGGCGGAGGAGAGAAAAAGAUUUUCGACGACAAGACCUAUCUGCGCCAGACCUCCUCCUCGAACGUGGCCAGCCUCAGCGGCAGCGGUUCUCAGAGUCCGAUACCAUCCGGCACGGGCAGCAUCUCGGACAAGAACGGACUUCCCAUCUCGGAUGAGAACCUCAACCAGGAGAGUUAAGCGACCUUGGCGCAGCCGCAGCAGCCCCGCACCAUGAACCAUUACUCUCUGCUCUCCUCGCGCACCCACUUGCACCCACGACAACUGUCAGCACUACUACCGCCUACCGCCGUUCAUCCGACCGACUUUCUCUCUCUCUCUCUGUAAACGCGUUAGCACCCCGAAGCCGAAGGUACACUCCAAUUUUCACAUGCACGACACGUCCAACACAAGUAUAACUUUUUCUCUCGUCUUUUCUUUCCUUCGAAUCGAGUCGCCCGCGGCGCAGGCGGCCAAACCUGUGCUGCGGGCCAACUCUCCUCUGCAGCCUGCUUUUUGCGGUCUACUCCUCUUCGGCUGCCUCGCAAAAGCCACGCGCACGGUCUCGCAAAGUCUCGUGCAUUCGCUCAAAUCGACGCAUUCUUCAACGUUUCUUUCGAAAUUCGCAGGACUUGCUACAUCUCUACUAAGUAUUAAGCAGGGUAACUUUGGCCCAGCACCUACGCAUCUGUCCCCGCAGAGGAACGAGGCCGUAGAUACAAAUAUAACCAAUUAAGCAUUAUAUCAAUGAUUUGUCGCGUAACACCGGAGAACAUUAGUCGCAUCAGAGUGCGGAUGGGUUUUUAUAUAAAAUUAGCCAAGUCCACGAUCCGCGUAAGUGUUGCUUCUAAAUGACUUCUGUGCGAUGCGCAGCCCUCGGAGAAAGCCCGCGUCCAGGUAAAAUUAAAAAUACAAACAUUUUUGAUAACAAGAAAAUACCUGCAAUCAACUGCCGCAUGGAUCGAGGACUACGUUAAAUAGCCCACGAGGCGCAGCCGAGAACAAAACUGCUGCCCACGAUACACUUCCUGUGCGGACAGUAUAUAUACUGUAUGUCCAUUAUACAUCUAUGUACAAGCCUAUAAUUUGCCGCUCGCUAAUACACUAUAGUUUCGCCCAUAAAUUUUGCUGCACUCGAUUCUUCAAUUCUUCACGCGUUAUGCGCCUCUAAACAUUAUAUAUUCAAAUUGACAGCGUGUCGCGAAUCAAAACUAAUGGACCGAGGCACUACUGCGUUAUUAUAACUCCAUUAUAUUAUACAUAGACUGCGUUCAUUAUAUCCGUUUUUAUUGUUUGUAAACGAACGUAAAGUCUGAAAGUAUUUGAGAUUUCGCAUCUACACCUUCGACUGAUUUACCUAUAUAAAUUUCCAAUUUUUAAUCGCUCGAGUGAAAAAGCUUGCUUUUUACUUUGACGUCGAUUGUCAACACACACCUUAUAUAAGGCAGCUACAGAAACAAAAUAAAAAAAAAAAAAAAAGUUUUUACAUUCGUAAACAAAAAAUGAAUAUAAUAUACAAUGCAAUAUAUAACAUUUUAUCAAUAACUAUUGCGAAGAGCAGCCAAGGAAGCAAUUGUAAUCCAUAGUUCUUAUUGCUGAUGUCUUGUUCAGUAUAGUUCCAACAUAAAUAUUACAGGUGGAUAAUCUAUGUCAUUUUACAACUGUAAAUAGAUGAGGGCUUUUUGACGAUCUUGUAAUAAUGUACCAUAACAUUGCAGUGAAGUUUCGUUUCACUAUUGAUUUACGUUCAAUUAAUAUACAUUUUUCUGUUUCGUCGCAUUAAGUAUAUGCAAUAAAAAACACGCCAAUACAUACUUGUAUUUUCAUUUGUAAACGUACGUGAAAAUUAUAUAAAUAUAUUAAAAAGGUCAGAUUAAAGUGCAGAGAAUAUAUCAUCGUUUAUAUGUAUAGAGAGGAAAAUUAUUUCUUCGUCUACGCUAAGAAAAACAUACUGUAUGAUAGUAUAAUCUAUAAUUGCGCGUUUCAAAUCAUAUGCAUCGUGUAUAGUUUUGUUAUAACAGUAUUCAUAUAGCUUCGCAAAUUAUAGUGAAUGUUGAAUUGAUUCCCACGCAAUAUAAUUAAUAUAUAAUUUUAUAUAAUUUUACAUUUCGUGAUCACUGCAAAACAUCGGCCAUUUCUCUUUUCUGCUGUUAUUGAUUAAUGUGAAGCAGCAAACGUGCUAUGAAAAGAACAUACAAAGAUAUAUAUGUAGAACAAACGAAUAUAGGUGUUAAGAUCACGCACCAAGUUUACUAACAAAUUAAUAAUAGUAGCUACAACAACUAAUGAAUUGACACGAGACCUAUGAUAUACAUCACUAAAUUAUUAUAUAGAUUCAUAUUGCCAUUUUUCUUAAUUAAGACCAUUAAAAUGGGAAGAAAAAUGAGCAAAAAAUAGAAGGAGUGCGAGUGUGCCUACAUUACAUGCAAAAAAGCAAAUAUAUCUAAUUUUAAAGACAAAAAAAUUAUUCAUAUUGAUAAUAUUCAAGCGUCUUUAUCCCUAUACAGUUUCGCACUUUGCACAGAUAAGAUCAUUGCAAGGAAUAAUGUCGCCGAUAAUCAGAGUAUAGAGGAAUCGAGCACCAUUGGCUAAUUAUUGUUUAACAUUUAACAUACAUAUAUAUAUAUAUAUUGUAUAACAUUUUAGAAAUAGCACAAAAUUUGUUGAUUUCUGAAGUGCGAGAACACUGAACGCAAUGAAAAAAAUGCAUUGUGUUGUACUCAACUAUUUCAUUUCGAAAAAGAACGCAAGCUAUAUAUUGCAUAAGCGUAUAUACAAACGCAACUCUUACCUGUUGAGUUCAAGUAUAACAUUAAUGCAAAACUACUGCAUAUACACACUUUGCUCCUUGUUGAAAUGCGUUGCGAUUAUAUUACUAAACUAGUAUAUUAAUUAGGCAACAAUAAUUGUAUUACAAAAAUAACAAGAUACGUCAUUUUCUUGACUUAUAAACAUUACCACUUCAUAUAUCGAGACAAACAAUUGUUGCAAGUGUGUCGAACACAUACUUUACGACCGAUAAAAGAUAAACUGUAUCAGUAGAGCCAUCAAACAAUAAUAUUUUUGUUCUUAAAUCGAA